AACAAAAAUAGCUAGAAAAACUCGGCAGGUCUGACAACAUCUGCGGAGAGGAACAUAGUUAACGUUUCGAGUCCGUAGACUCUUCAUCAGAACUGGUCUCCAGGGGCGGGACCCUGGUUUCCAGGGGCCUUGCCCGUGUCUCCAGGGGCGGGACCCUGGUUUCCAGGGGCGUGGUCCCGGUGAUUUCUGGGACAUGGCUGCUGCUUCUGCUACCCGGCUGCUCAAUAACGGCUGCCGGAUCCCGCUUUUGGGACUCGGCACCUGGAAGUCAGAUCCUGGAGUGGUGGGUAAGGCUGUUUCAGCUGCUAUCGAUGCUGGUUACCGGCACAUUGAUGGAGCUUAUUCCUACAUGAAUGAGGCAGAGGUUGGAGCUGCGGUGAAAAAGAAAGUUGAAGAAGGCGUGGUUACAAGAGAAGAUCUCUUCAUAGUCAGUAAACUGUGGUGCACGUUCCAUGCUCCAGAGGAUGUGAAACCAAGUUUGAUGCAAACGCUCACAGCCUUGCAGCUUACUUACCUCGACCUCUACCUCAUCCACUUUCCUGUGGGAUUCCAGAAAGUGUUGGGUGAGCUGUUUCCAAUGCGAAAGGGCAGGGUGCUGGUGAGUGAUGCUGACUACGUGGACACAUGGAGGGCCAUGGAAGUUUUGGUGGAUGAAGGGCUGGUGAAAUCGAUUGGCGUUUCCAAUUUUAACAUUUCCCAGCUAGAAAGACUCCUGUCAGUAGCCCGUAUAAUUCCAGCAGUGAAUCAGGUGGAACUUCAUCCGUACCUGACUCAGCCCGAACUGGUGGAAUUCUGUGCAUCCAGAGACAUUGCACUGACAGCGUUUAGUCCACUUGGCUCACCAGGUCGUACUGUAUUGAACGAUUCUGCUGAUCCAAAGGACCUUCUCAAAGAUCCAGUGGUAGAAGUAAUAGCGAAGAAUCACAGGAAGAGCUCAGCUCAGGUCUUGUUGCGUUUUCAUGUCCAGAGAAACAUAGCAACUAUUCCAAAGAGUGUAACGCCUGCAAGGAUCCAGGAGAAUGCUGAGAUUUUUGACUUUGAGCUGAUGGACGAGGACCUUCAGUCACUGCUCACAAUAAACAAGAACUGGAGAGUUUGUCAGUUAACUAUGUUACAGGAUCAUCAGUUUUACCCAUUUAAUGAUUCCUGAUCGGCCCAACUGGAAGCACCCUAUGCAGACCCAAGCUCCCACAGAUACUGUCUUUUUCAUAAAGUCAUAGUAAGUUAUGGCACAGAAGGACACCAUUUGGCCCAAGUCCAGACUAGCUGUCUGUGGAGCAAUCCAGCCAGUCCCACUCGCUCGCUCGAUCCCUGUAGCCCUGCAGGUUUAUUUCUUUCGAGUGCCCAUCCAGUUUUCUUUUGAAAUCAUUGUUUUGGCUUCCACCGCUCUCUUGGGCAGAGUUCCAGGUCAUUUACCACUCAGUGUGUAAAAACGUUCUUUCUUACAUUAUCCUGUAUCUCUUGCCUAAAAUCUUUAAAUCUAUGUCCUCUUAAGUCCUAGUACUAUCAGUUAAUUGUCUACCUUAUCCAAACCUGUCAUAAUCUUGUACUCUUCUAUCAAAUCUCUCUGAAACUCCUUUGUUCCAAGGAGAACAACCCCAGCUUUGCCAACCUAACCUGGUAACUAAAAUUCCCCUUCCUUGAAACCAUUCUUGUAAAUCUCUUCUGCACCCUCUCAAGGACCCUCAAAUCCUUCCUAAAGUAUGGUCAUUAGAACUGGAUGCAACACUCUAGUUGGGGCCUAAGCAGUGCUUUAUAACGGUUCAGCACAAUUUCCCUUCUUCUGUAGUCAAUACCUCGAGUUAUGAAGCCCAAGAUGCCAUAUUCUUCGCAGCCACACUCUCAAUGUGUCCUGCCACCUUCAAAGAUCUAUGCACACGCACCCCCAGAUCCGUCUGUCCCCGCACACGCUUUAGACUGUGCCGUUAAGAAGAAGUGGGAGAGAUACUAAAUGAAUACUUCUCAUCAGUAUUCACCAAAGAGGACGUAGCGGUUGAUUUGUCUAGGGAAGAGUGUGUAGAUAGCCUGGAUCAUG